UCUCUCACAAGUGACUGAAGGUGGGCAAGGUCUCUUUUCUCCGGUCGCCGGUGAACCUCCGACGGACCAAAACAAACCGACCAACCGAGGGAGAAGAAACCCUAGCGACCGAUUGAGGCAGAGCUUUAAGGGAGGGAAGGCGAUGGAGUACCCGGCGGCGCCUGCCGGAUCCGGGGGCUACAAGUACUACUACCCCCCGCCGUCGCAGCCGCACUCGCAGACGCUUCGCCGACCGCCGCGCCCCGCCGCCCGCUGGGUCAAGCAAUGGAUCCCGCAGGAUCUCGCGGCCUCCGGUGGCAAAUGCUCCCUCUUCAAGUGGGUCAGAGAGGAUGGGUACAAGAACUCCAAGGAGAACCCCAAAGUACCAGAGGCAGAGGCGCCCAAGCCUGAACCGACCACGGAGAUCCUUUUCCUCUGCAGUUACGAGAAUUGCGGCAAGACCUUUGUUGAUGUUAGCGCACUACGGAAGCACGCGCAUGUGCACGGGGAGAAGCAGUAUAUCUGCCAGGAGCCUAACUGCGGGAAGAAAUUUGUUGAUAGCUCCAAGUUGAAGAGACACUAUCUUACUCACACAGGACAAAAGGAUUUUGUUUGUCCUCAUCCAGGCUGUGGUAAGGCCUUCUCAUUGGAUUUCAACUUACGGUCGCACCUAAAAACACAUGCACUGGAGAAUUAUCAUAUAUGCCCAUUCCCAGCGUGUGGUAAAAGAUUUACAAGCGAUUUUAAACUAAAAGCCCAUGUCAAGGCACAUGAAAAGACUGGAACUCCUGUUGCAGUGCAACAUACGCCACCAUCAGAAAAACCGCAAAGCACUACGAAGCCUUCCACUCCAGCAACCACAAGCUAUGCUGAGCGCCCCUAUGUUUGCCCCUAUGAAGGUUGUGAGAAAGCAUACAUUCACAGUUACAAGUUGAAUCUUCAUCUGAAAACUCAGCAUCCUGAACACGGUCAAGAGGAAAACGGUAAGCUCGCCACUCCUUCUGGUCAGCAUGCUGUUAAUGAGCCCUAUCAGUAUAACUAUGCUGAGAUGGGUGACAUUGCAGCAAACCCAAAAAGAAGCAAGGCGAACCCAGUGCACAAGGCCCCCCCAUCUAAAGUCUACAAUGUCAAGGUUUCCAAUGCGAUGCCUGCCGAUACCAGUGGUGUCAAGAAGCAGUGGUCAGGUAAGGCUAUGUACGACGAUGAUAGUGAAGAGACGGAAGAAGACCAGGGCAAUAACAUUGAAGAUGACUGGAGAUAUGGCAACAAUGUCGAUGAUGAGGAAACACAGGAUGAAGAUUGACCAACAGCCCCUCCUCUUCCCUUUACUGACAUCCUGGUGUGGUGUGCAUCCUAGUUAGAUGCGGUGGUCUGCUACCUUUUAGUUCCUGCGAAUUCCAAACACUAGUAAUUAAUGUAGUAGUAGGUAAUUUUUAAGUUUUACCAGUACACAGUAGGUGGUGCUUCGAUAUAAAUCCUUCUCUGUUAAUCUGUAUUUUUUAAGUUUUACCAGUACACAAUAGGUGGUGCGUCGAUCGAAAUUCUUCUCUGUUAAUCUGUUGCUGAAUAUCCACUACCCUAGUAACUAAUUGUCACAUCUUACAUGAAGAGAUCUUGUCCUUAUAUUUGACA